AUGUUCAAGCAAGCACUCCGAAAGCCCCUGACGGGCGCCGUCGUCCAGCACCAGAACCAGCAGCGCGUCAGGUCCCUGCACCGCGACGCACCCUACCUCUUCUCCAUGCCGGCCGAGGUGGACGCGGCGCGCAAAUCAAGCGUCGCGACGCCCACGGCGAGCACGAUCCCAAACACGUCUUAUUCGUCGGGCUCACAGGCGUCGCAGCCGACGGCCCAGCAGUCCGCACAGCGACGGGGCUUCAGCCUGUAUCAGGAUGCACCGUACUUGUUUUCCCUGCCGGACGAGGUCAAGGCCGUCAGGAGUGGCGGGGUUCGCGCCACUAACUGA